AUGGGCAUGUUUCUCCACAUUGAUGUAUUCACAUAUGUCUGUUUGUGGCGAGACGCGCCACUCGGGUUGCACUGGCAGGCUCGGGUUUACAACGCUUUCAUUUUGCCGACGCUGCUCUACGUGGCGCAGUUGGAGUGGCCCGACGCUUACGUGCAGGAAGAAGUGCAAGGAUGUACUGUGACAGCAGCACCAUCCGCGCUCUUCCGCUUGGCUUCUGGGCCCACAGCCUGGGCCUCCCCGAUGGAUCUCUGGCUCUUGCGGGACGCUUACGGCGGGGCCGCAUCGUUCCACAACCUGGCCUGGAUGGCCGCGGCGUCGCAGAUGCGAGUUCUACUCUGUGACAGAGGGAUCGACGGUCAGCGCCAAUUCAAGGAGGAUUGUGCGCAACUGCGACAAGCCUGGGCCAACGCGGACGCCCUGGUGUGGAUCGAUUGGUACUCGCGCAGCUUCUGGCUCCGCUUGCAGGACACAGACGACGAUCUGCAGACGCGAUUUGGCACGGUCAACGAUGUCCGCAUCGCCCGGUGCGCGUCCUCCGUCCCGCUUGCGGAGGAUGCUUUGUGGCGCAAGCAGUUCCAGGCCACGUUCUACCACUGCCACGUGGCAGACAACCUGGGGGGCGACCCGGCAGGCCGGUACCGGAACAAAUUCGAGGUCUGGAACUUGGGGGACGCCAGCAUCCACGGCCGGAUCGCAGGCACAGUUCGCCAGCAGACGCCGCGGCACCAGGCUUCCAGAGGGCAUUCGAACCUCCUGGCCCUUUGCCCGUUGGACCCCCCGAGAGUCCACUGCGCGAAGUUGGGGUGCAUCUGGGAUCGGUGGACCACGGCGGUUAGAUACCAGCGUCUCCAUCUGAGCCGUUGCUUGCUAUGCGCGGUGGAGGGGAGCGAAGACAGCAUCAAACACCACUGCCGCUGCCGGGUGGUGCGGAGGCUGUUCGGGACACGACGCCGUCUCGACGCCAACGCGUUUGCAGGUCUUCUUGCCUGAGCGCUGUGCACGCCAGAGCUGGUGACAGCUGAAGACCUCGCCUGCGUGGCCCUGGGCACUUGCGCUGUCUACUCUGUGACUAACAAGCUUCCCCACGGCGGUUGCGGCGCUCUCCGCACGGAGGAGGACAGAUUUCAGGUUUUGGCGCGGGCCGUCAAGGAGGGCGUCAAAGGCCACCAGCGAGCAGCUCCAAUCAUGCGGCAGCGCUGGGAGUCUGACCGCCCGAUGACUGUCAUCCAAGCCGGCCAGAUCGGGACGCCGAUGGUCCGCAGACUCCGACAAUGGCUUCAAAGCCACCGCAGACGGCGGGUGCGGCCUCGACUCUCUUGACGCUCUGCCGUCCGUAUCCUCGUCGCCCCCACCCAUCACAUCACUCGCGGGAGCUUGCUUUUGUCCCGCGCUCGGCGGGCACAGGCGCUCUCUGUCUGCAGGAUGUGCUGCUUCGGCCGGCCUGGACGGGAGGCGCGAUCAGUGCGCCCCAGCCUCCGGGAGGGCAGGCAUCGUUCCAGCAUCGCCCCAGAGGGCGGUCCUCCCCUCCUCCGUUCCUCCCCUCCCUCCCUCGUCGUGUUGUUUCUCCCCAGCCAGCCAGAGAGCCCGCGAUGCAGCCGCGACGCUCCUCGAUGGCGACGCCCCGCGGCUGUAGUUGCCCGAGUUUCGUCCAGGGAUUGGGCGUCCGGUGCGCUCAGGGCCACCAGCUUCUGGGAUGCGCGGUGCCGCGUGGCUGCGCUAUUCGAGCGGAGAGAUUGGCCUGUCUCCCGCCUCCCUGCGGUCUCCAUCCACAGCGUGUACAGGGUGACCCCCGUGUGCCUGCAGGAGCCGCGGUUGCCUGUAUAGGGCGGCGAGGCGGUGUACCCGCGGGAACCGCCCCCGCCUAGCUUGCUGGGCCGCCGCUGCGGCCUCGUGCUAUGCGGGAGGGUUGGCACGUCUCUGCCCACCGUCCUGCCGUCCUCCAUUCAGCUAGGCAUUCGCUGGCUGUCCCUUUUUGUCCCUGUUCUUCCCUCGUUCCUCCCUCCCCUGUGCCCCCCCCCCCACGGUCGAGGGCACAUGCACGCUUUUAUUCCCAACCAUCCUGUGGUGUUGGGUCC